GGUAGUGAGAUUUUUGAAUAGGGAAGAUGGCAGCCGCGGCAGUGGUGGAGUUUCAGAGAGCUCAGUCUCUCAUCAGCACAGACAGAAACGCUUCUAUUGACAUUUUUCAUUCAAUAGUGAGACGAGAUGUCCAGGAUGAUGAUGAAGAGGCAGUUCGUGUCAAGGAGCAGAGCAUCCUGGAGUUGGGGACUCUCCUGGCUAAGACGGGACAAGCUGCAGAGCUUGGUGGCCUGCUGAAAUUUGUAAGGCCUUUCCUGAUCUCCAUAAGCAAGGCAAAGGCAGCACGGUUGGUGCGCUCUCUCCUGGAUCUGUUUCUGGACAUGGAGGCUGCCACGGGCCAGGAGGUUGAGCUGUGCCUGGAAUGCAUUGAAUGGGCUAAAGCUGAGAAAAGAACCUUCCUCAGACAAGCCCUAGAGGCUCGACUCAUUUCACUCUACUUUGACACAAAGAGAUAUCAGGAAGCCCUUCAGCUGGGUACCCAAUUGCUACAGGAGCUGAAGAAGAUGGAUGACAAAGCUCUGCUGGUGGAGGUUCAGCUAUUGGAGAGUAAAACCUACCACGCUCUCAGCAACCUUCCUAAAGCCAGGGCUGCCCUCACCUCAGCCAGGACCACCGCCAAUGCCAUUUACUGUCCCCCAAAGCUCCAAGCGGCUCUUGAUAUGCAGUCAGGCAUCAUCCAUGCAGCUGGGGAGAAAGAUUGGAAAACUGCCUACUCUUACUUCUUUGAGGCUUUUGAGGGCUACGACUCCAUCGACAGCCCCAGGGCAGUCACUGCACUGAAAUACAUGCUCCUCUGCAAGAUCAUGCUCAGCUUGCCAGAAGAGGUACAGUCAUUGAUCAGUGGCAAACUGGCUCUGCGAUAUGCAGGGCGACAGACUGAUGCACUGAAAUGUAUAGCACAAGCCAGCAAGAACAGAUCAUUAGCAGAUUUUGAAAAGGCCCUGACAGAGUACACUAAAGAGCUGAGGGACGACCCCAUCAUCAACACACAUUUGGCCAAGCUUUAUGACAAUUUGCUGGAACAGAAUCUCAUUCGGGUCAUUGAGCCCUUUUCCAGAGUACAGAUAACACACAUAGCAGGCCUCAUCAAACUUUCAAAGGAUGAUGUUGAGAGGAAACUGUCACAGAUGAUCUUGGACAAAAAAUUUCAUGGCAUUCUUGACCAAGGUGAAGGAGUGCUCAUCAUAUUCGAAGAGCCCCCUGUGGACAAGACUUACGAGGCAGCUCUAGAAACCAUACAGAACAUGAGCAAAGUUGUGGAUUCCCUGUACAACAAGGCUAAGAAGUUAACAUAGAAUAAACGUCAGAAGCUGCUGCUGUGUGAAAUGGUUGUAUGCGUGAGUUUGCCUGUGUGUGUGGAGCUUAUUUUUCUCACAGCAAAAAGGGACAACAUUGAGCAAGACCUACUUGUUCCCCAGUUGAGAGUUUUUAAUGUUUCUUUUCUUUCAAAUGGACAAUUUCAUCUUUCUGAACCCUCUGAAUUUAUUUUUAUUUUUUGUUCUUCUCUGUAUCUCUCAACGGCCAACACAGGCCAUCAGGGAAUGUUGUACAACUACAAUAAAAUCCUAAAAUGUCAUAUAGAACUGUAUAGCUCUUCUACAUUUAACGUUUUUUAAUUCCAGCAACUUUGUGAUACAGACUCUUGGGUUUCGGUUAUCUGCGGUUCAUCGGUUGUUUGCCGUAGUGCAUAUCUUUUACAUUUUUUUUCUUCAUUUUAUGGAUGCACAUUCUAAAUGAUUGUUGUAGAUGAGAGAUUCAAAGGAACUUGGCUGUAAGGAAGAGGCUCUGUAAUAAGCACAGUUGCCAAUCAUAUUACAACACGCACUAGAAAUUAUUUUCUAAGUUCGUGCGAUCGAGUAUUGUUUGCCGUUUACUUUUGCAGUAUACCGUCUCUACAGUUUUGUAUUUACAGUGUACUGUUUGCCAAGUAGGGUGGUUAUAUUAAACGGCCCAUUCCUACAAAGGUUUUAGUCUUUGAUUAAAAUAACCUUUCCCCAACA